GAGAGAGAGAGGGACCCGGUGUCUCGGCGCUGCCGCUGGUCUCGCCGCGCGGCCCUGCGAGCGCUUCUCGUUGUUCCCCCCCCCACCCGCGGGGCGGGCUUGGCGGUAGCGCCGGGGAGGUUGCGGCCGUGCCCCGGCUCCCGGGGCGGUGCGGGCGGUGCGGGCGCGGCUGCCCGCGGUCGCAGGAGGAGGAGGAGGAGGCGGCGGUGGCGGUGCCUUGCGGCACGAUGAAAGCGGUGAGCCCCGUCCGGCACCCCGGCCGCAAGGCGCAGCCCGGCGCGGCGGGCGGCGGGGGGCACCCGGCCCUGCGGUGCCUGGCCGAGCACAGCGGCUGCAAGGGGGGCCCGCCGUCGGGCGAGGAGCCGGCAGCCCUCUGCCUGCAGUGCGAUAUGAAUGACUGUUACAGCCGGCUGAGGAAGCUGGUGCCCACCAUCCCGCCCAACAAGAGGGUCAGCAAAGUGGAGAUCCUGCAGCACGUCAUCGACUACAUCCUCGACCUGCAGCUGGCUCUGGAGACGCACCCGGCGCUGCUCCGGCAGCAGCAGCAGCAGCCGCCCGCCCUACACCCGGGCAGCUGCCCCGCGGGCACCCCCAGGACCCCGCUGACGGCCCUCAACACCGACCCGGCUGGCUCUGUUAACAAGCCCGGGGACAGCAUCCUCUGCCGCUGACCGCCGCUCCCCAGGUGUGCGGCGGCGCCGCGCCGCGCAGAGCCACCGCGGGGGGCGGGGGGGGGGUGGUAGGAAGGAGCCAUCCCAACCCUCCCAGCAGCUCCCAUGCUUCAUCCCGGCAGAGCCAGCCUUUUCACCGUUUUGCACGUCCGUAGCGGCCCCCCCAGCCUCCCGGGUCCCGUCCCCCCCCCCUCUUCCUGCUCCCCCCGUCUCUUCUCGUCGUUCCCGAGCAGCUGUGAGCGGUGUCUCCGCGGUGGCUGGAGGGACUCGAGCAGGAAAAGUUGCCACUCUGCCCCGGGAUGAUAGAGGAACCGAGCCUAAACCAGACUUUUAGAAGCGUUCUAACUCUUUUAAGGGACCGAGCAGCUGAAUCUUGAAGCUUUACUAAUCUACCAGAGCAUUUGUAGAUAUAUUCGACAUCUAUUGUUUAAAAUAGAUGGAUUUUAUUGGGGCCCAGGGAACUUUCUUCUCCCUGCAGGAAUGUUACAUAUUGUAUAGAUAAAUGAGUGACAUUUCAUACUGUGUAUAUAUAGAGAUGUUCUAUAAGUGUGAGAAAAGUAUAUGCUUUAAUAGACUACUGUAAUUAUAAAAUAUUUUUAAUUAAAUAUUUUUUGUAAAUAUUAUAAAGGUGUGUAUGUUUUUUUUAAAUCUGUGGGAAUAUCUCUUUAGAAAACCACAGCUCGAGUACGGAGCUGCUGAUAUGGAAAUAUCUUAAAUGUUUAGGGCUUUUGUUUGUCCCCAGAUGUCCUUUAGAUGCGGAAGUUGGAGCUAUAGCUAGUGGUCCUGCAUGACUGCAUGAGAUGUCUAAUUGCAAAUAAACUUGUUUGGAUUCCAUACAAACGUGUUUUCCUCAAUUUAGACUUGAAAUGUUUGUAAGUGUAUUAUACAUUUUGAGACUACACUUUUGUCAUUUAGGCGCAGGGGUUUUUAGUGCAUUCUAGAAAAGUAGCAGUAGGAUGUAGUGGUUUUUUACUGAGAAUAGAAAAAAAAUUACCUAGUUUUCGCAUUAGGGGGGUGAUGCUUUAGCUCUUUAAUCAGCUUUUUUAAAAAUCUGUUGCAUCAGAUUAAGAAAUUUGUUCUGGAACUUCACUUAAGCACCAAAAUGUUUUGUGGCAAACUUGUGUUCCUACAACCUAUUAAGUGCUUAAGAAGUUAAAACAGUUCUCUGCUUGCAACCAAAGGGCAAAUAAUUAACAAAAACAGUUGCCAUUUCCUUCAUCCAAAGAGUAUUAAUACCGAACUGCAGAAGGGUACAUGGGGCAAAGUCAUGAUGAUCAGUGAUGUGUAAAUUCAUCUUUGAAUGAACUUAAGUAGACCAAAAAUCUGAUAACUGCGUCAAGAUUAUUUUUCUAGUACAAAAUUACUUUCAUUUCACUGCAGCUAUGUUACAGUUAAAACCCUGUUUAAUCUCUGUGAUGUGUAACUACUACAUGUGAACAUUAAACUAGAUUUACCUGUCAUUAA